AUGACAUACAUUGAGACCUCAUCGGGAAACAGAAUCUCCAGAGAGGCUGUGAUCACAGGCUCAGACCGGAUCCUCAUCAGUGGUCACACCACAGUACACCCAUACGCCUACUUGCACGGCCAAGUGACCCUUCACGAUUCGCUACACCCAGAAGAUGCACAGGACUUGGUGCCCACCAUCAGCAUUGGUAAGUACUGCUACGUGGAUCACCACGCGAGCCUCACUCCACCCGCGUAUCCCUCUGAAAAGCACCUCCACGGGACGCUCAAGAUCGGUAACUACGUGGUGCUUGGGGAGUACUGUGCCGUAGAGGCAGCCAGCUUAGGUAACCGAAUUCUCGUGGGCGCGCGUGCCAGGCUCUCAAACAUGUGUGUAGUGUACGAUUGCUGUGUGAUUGAACCCGAUACGGUGGUCCCGCCAAAAUGCGUGGUUCCUCCUUUCAGCUUGGUCAGCGGGGCUGGCCCCACCUUCAAGGUAAAAGACCUCAACGGCUGCUACAAGGAGAUAAUCGAACUAGAGGCUCGGGAAUUAAAUGUAUUGGGGUGA